AUGGCACCCAAAUCUAUCCUUCGCAAUGGAAUGUCUAUGCAAUCUCGCAAUAUGCUCCAGAAAUCCGGUGCUUUACGUUCGAACCUCAAGCGCCCUGCGCCUUUGCCCCUGUCUCCUUUAUCGCAGAAUGCUAGCUUCUCUGUCCUCUCGUCUCCCACAGGAAAGGCUCUGAAGUCUGCACAUGUCCACUUCCCACCUUCACCGACUCAGCUGGCGGCCACAUACACUACCCAUGGACCCAAAUCGUACGAUCGCGGUCCUAUCUCUGUUUCGCCCAACCCUCUUAACCUCCCUGGUUGGGGUGAACAUGGAUUCAGACUUUCAGCUGUACCCAGACCUUUCCGUACUCUCACUUAUCAAGCGUCUCCGGUAAUCACGGAGUUUGAGGAUCCCCGCUCACCCAAGCUCCCUGCCCCAGCCGCCGUUGGCAAGGAGAAUCGGAAUAAUUCGAUACGCUUCGCGCCCUUUACCAGCGUACAAACAUCGACUCGUUCUGCCCGACAAUCGUUGUCUUCUUUGCCCCGUUCCCCAUACCCAUCGGCUCCUAAUUCUCCUGCCGCUGAGAACAGCGAUGUCGACCUCGAGAUGGAGACCCGCGGCCGUCCAUUGACCCGAAAUCGCGACGUUAAUAACAAUGUCACCAUCCUCGACGGACCAUCGCGUGCACGCGCUCGGGCAGCUUCGAUUGAGGAGCGUCACAACAAGAGGAACAAGAAGGGUUUAACCCUCGGCGGACGUGUCUCGAUGAACCCUAUUUCCAACGUCAUCGGCAACUCUCAGUUCACCCCUGGUCCAUCACCUCUGGGACGUUCCAUUUUUAGCCCUGCCGUCGCGUCUCUGAACCGCCCCAACAAACCUGCGCCCCUCGCUAUGGAUUCGCUCACCCAGGCUUUCUGGCAAUCCGUGUCACUCGAGGAGCCAGCAUCAGCAGACGAACCUAUGGUCACAGCACUGGAGUACCCGGAGAGUGCAGUGACGUACGAAGAGAAAUUGGAUAUGACACUGCGCGCUGCUGCACAGCCCCCUUUGAUGUAUGCUGCCGCCGACGGCGCCUUGUGGUCGCCUGCUCUGCCAGUCCCAGGAGCCAAGGUCGAUCGCAUUAGGGAAAGUUUGAUGAGCCCGGGAGUUGCCAAGUCGUUUGAGAGUAAGGUUGUGCGGAGGGACUUCACUGCACCGUCGCCUAACGACCCUUUUGCUGCGUUCCCCUCUUUCGCUGCCGCGCUAGAGCGAGGAGCGGAGCAGAUUCGUUACCCACCGCGAGCUGCUGUUCAGAUGUCAUGA